CUCCUUCGUGGAUGCUCUGUCAGAGAAAAAAUACACAUCAAAUUCCAAAUUUAAAACUGAUGUCUGUCAGUCGCUGUUGCGAAACAAUAGUGACGGCACGUUUUGAUACAGAAAAUACUUAUUGAUUUGUGUAAAAAUGCCCGAGAAUGUGUUGCCGAUGCUGCCGAAGAUACCGCAGAGUCCCGCGCCGGUGGCCCGCGCCGGGGCCGGCGACAUAUCGGAAAGGGAGCUGUCCCGGGAGAGGCAUAACAUGCAAACACCGCCCACUAGAGUCCAGCCCGCGCACCCUAAGAAGCAGCUGUUCUCUGUGCCCGUCAACAAGUUUACCGGCAAGCCUGGCGCGCCUAGUGGCAACCUGGCACGCCUGCGCAGCUGCCUGGACGAGUACUGCCUUGCCACGCCUGCCAGGCCGGCGCCUGCGCCGCGCCUCAGGCCCAAGGCGAUCUCCAUGGAGGACCUUACUCCGAAGAAAAGCAAGACUCGAAGGAAUGAGAAGAGCCUGUCAACGGUGAAGUCCCCGGGGGUCCGCACGCUGGCGCAGGAGGAGGCGGCGGCGCGCGUGGCUCGGUUCAUGGUGGUGUGCGCGUGGCGACGCCGCCGGCACGAGGUGCGCUGUCUGCGCCGCACGCUCGAGUGCCAGGUUUCGUGCUCGGAGCGGCUGCGUAUGCAGGUGGCCACCCUAAAGAGCCUGCUGGACGGAGACAACUGCAAGCUGCGGCUCGCCAUGCGGGAGCUGGAACGCCUCAAGCAGCUGCUGCGGGACAAGGACGUAGAGAAGGCGCUGCUGGAACGGGAAAAAAGUGCUCUCGAACAUGACGUGUGCGCCGCUGAAGACCAAGCGAGCGAGAUGAGCGUUGGGUGGCGCAACUGCCGCAACGAGCUGGAAGGCGCGCGCGCGGCCGCCGCCGUGAGCGAGCACGCGCUGUCGCUGGAGCGCGCCGCGCGAGAUGAGGCGCGCGCGCAGCGGGACCACGCCUACCACAGGUUGUCGAUGAUAGAGGAAGAGCUGUCGCAGCACGAGGCGUUGCUGUCGCAGGCGGAGGCGGAGGCGGCGGCGCUGCGGCACCAGCUCGACGAUAAGGCGCGCCAGCUCGACGAAGCCCAGCACCGACUGCGCCUCGAGACAGAGGCCCGCGAGCGCGUAGCCGAGGAAUGUGGUUCUUUGAGCGUGCGCGUGUCAGACGCGGCGCGGGAGACCGAAGCCCUGCGCGGGGACGUGCGCGCCCUGCGAGACCAGCUGCGGGCCGUGGUGCUGCAGCUGCGGGACACUGAGGAGCAGCUGGCCUGGUGGCCGCGCCCGCUCACCAGGAUGCUCGGUGCGGCGCGUUGGUUUUUCCGGCAGCCAUUAUCGUUGCCGCACGCGGCUCGCUGCUUGCUGCUUCCCGCGCGGCAUGGCUGCUGACGAAGGACCGAGGGUACCUCCCUGUGGAACCCCUAAUUUAGCCUACCUUGACAACGCCUUUAUAUAUCAUAUUUUGAAAACCCAUAAAAGUCUAAACGAAAUAUUCGAAUGUCAGCUAUCAAGCUUUUUUUGUUCUACUGUGUAAAACAAACAAUAAAACUUGUGGUAUCUCUGCAAUAUGAAUUCAAAAGCCACACCAGAAUCCAAUAAUGAUUGAGCAAAAAUUCAGCUUGCAGUAAGAGAUUUUUUUAAAUGGUUGUUUGUGAAAGUAGGCGCAGGAAAGUAAGUAAUAGUUUUGACAACUUUAAUGAUCUCGGUAAGUAUUUUCUCGUAUAUUUAAUGAAUUAUGUUAUAAAUUAUUUACAGAUGUUUUGUAGGGAUAUUGUAAGUUUCUUGAUAAGUUUGCGUUUAGAAGUUGUAAGUCAUUUUAUUGUUUAGAAUAAAUGUGUAAAAUUA